CCCUAGGAGGAGGAACUUACUCCAUGUGAAGGGUUGGAGUGUGUUAUGUUUUAUUUCAUUUCUGUCCAUCACGUGAAGGAUUCCUAGCAACAUGAAAGUUUCUUUAAAAAUUAGGAAGUAUAAUAAACAUUUCAUCCAUGUCAGACCAUAAUCUCCUUAUUGAAAUGUACGUAAUCAUAAAAAAGGUAAACAUUCAUGAUGGUUGAGGAUAAUUAAGGAUUGGGAAAUGUGUAUAAAAAAAUGUGCGGUACCUGAGGACGAGGACGAAAAUGAUUCUCGAAACGUGCGAGUAUUUUCUCAAUUAAACCACCUUACAUUACUGAUAGUUCGAGAAGAAUUCAUUAUACAUUAGUCCUGCUAUUAUUUCAUCGACGCCCAAUUUGCAUCGUCAAUAGCAUUGACUAAUCGAGUUACAUUUUCAUCCAGCGCCUGUCUGGACGUGACUCAUACGAGCUGUGACGUACAACGUGCAUUGUGCUGAUGGUUUGUACUUGUGAUCGUAUGAAAUUUGUAAUUGUGAAAUCUGUAGUGAAAAACAGAGAACGCGUCCUACUUUCAUAGGAAAAUAAAAGAUGGAGCCCAGUGUUAUUUUUCGCUUUUCUUUGUCUCAGGGCUCUUGGCAAUUUCGUGGAUGCAUUUCGUUCACAUGUCGUUUGUGGUAUGUGUAGUCCAUCUGUAGAUUUGUGAUACAAAAUGUGUCAGCAAUGGAAAGUUGGGUAAAAAGAGGUGCCUUGUCAUCAAGAUGGGAAGACAAUACAAAUUACGUCAGUGAUUCUGUAUCUGCUGAAGAAGACAGCGAUAAAGAGGACGAAGAAUGUGUGAACCUGGUUGAAUUAAAAAGUGACGGUAGUGACAACCAUUUUUACCACGGCCGUUUGGGACCGCAGUUAGUGCAAGAACCGGAGAGAGUAGAUCGGAAUGGAUGUGUUGCUGCAGAACUGAGUUUUGCUGAAGCACCUCUGUCCAGCAUAACAAGAGAAAAGUGUCGUCAAAUAGAAGCUGCUCUUGCUGAGGAUCCAGUUGAUACCUUAAAAUUAAAGAAACUUGCAUUGUCUGAAGGUGGCCUUGUUAAUGAUGCACUCAGGAGGAAAGUGUGGCCAAAACUGUUGGGCCUUGAUACGCAAGCAGCAACAGAACCGCCAACUGAAAAAGAACUAGAAGCUCACGCGGAGUAUCAUCAGGUAGUGUUGGAUGUUGACAGAUCACUGAAACGUUUUCCACCAGGUAUCCCAUAUGAACAGAGGGUGGCGUUACAAGAUCAGUUGACAAGGCUUAUUCUCAGGGUUAUUAUCAAAUAUCCUCAUCUUCGAUACUACCAGGGCUAUCAUGAUGUAGCAGUAACUUUCCUGUUAGUGGUUGGAGAAGCAGAUGCAUUCCAAAUCAUGGAGAAAUUAUCCACAGAACAUUUGAAAGAAUGUAUGGAGCCCACUAUGGACAAGACUUCCUAUUUGCUCAAUUACAUCUACCCACUUAUACUUAGGGUGAAUCCAGAGUUGUAUGAAUAUAUGGAAAGGUCUGGUGUUGGUACAAUGUUCUGCUUGCCAUGGUUCCUUACUUGGUACGGUCACAGUCUAAACCAGUACGGAGAUGUGGUAAGGCUCUACGACUACUUUCUUGCUUCUCCUCGUUUAAUGCCACUGUAUGUAGCUGUUGCUCUUGUGAUCCACCGAUGUGAUGAAAUUUUUAGUGUGGAUUGUGACAUGGCCAGCAUUCACUCCCUGCUCUCUCAGAUUCCAGAUAAUGUACCAUUUGAAAGCCUUCUAAAACAAGCGACGAAGUUACAUGAAGAUUACCCACCAAGAAGCAUUGAAGCUGAAGUGCAGGAGAGAUUUAAGAAAGAGCUGCAGCUUAGAAGAUAUGAUGACAGACCUCAAACCCCGAGAGUACGUCGUCAUAACUUAAGAGCACUUUGGCAUUACGUUGCUGAAAUGGACAGAUUGCUCCCACACUGGGCUUUAGUUCGUCACGUUGCUGUGCCCCGUUUCCGUUCUCGAUUCGUUUUUGUUACCACUGCUGCGCUGUUCGGGCUCUAUGCUUACUUUCGCAUGGCAGAUGCACUCGGUGUGAACAGCUCAUUGCCCGUUAGGUAGUACAGAAUCCGUUAUUUUAGUCUUGUGCUGGUUAAUAAUACAUAUUGACAUAUUUUGAAUGUGCAACCUCCUGAAUAUGUAGAAUGCUUCAAACUGAUAUCUGCACUUCUGUGAUGUGUGCAUAGAUAGGAAUUUUCUGGUUUAAGUGCUCUUGCAAUCAUUUUUCAGUCAACAAUCAUCAUGGCUUGAAUCCAAAGAUUGACAGUGACAAAAGUGAGAUUUGAGGUUUUCACAGCAGCGACCAUAAUGACGAUGUUCUUCUGGGUUUUGUCACCGCGUUGGCUGGUUGAUCAGUCAUAAUGACCCCAAAACCCAGAUGAGUAUCAUCAUUAGUGACAAAAGUUUUGCAUUUGUCUGCGAGUGGAGAACUAAUAACUUUGUGUUCCUGUAUUCAGUAACUAGUGAACUUGUACUUUGCAGGUACGUCUCUUGUGUGCGGGGCUUAAAAUUAAAAUAGGACGUUGUCAUACAAUGGGCCCAGUAUCACAUUGUCAGACUUUAUCAAUUUUGGCCUGUUUGGAAUGACAGUUGUUUCAUUAUGGACUGGAAGCAUACCAGUAUAUAUAUUUUAAGAAAGGUUAACAUUAUGUUGAUUCCUGAAGGACGAGUACAGCAAUUUAUAAGGUACCAUUUAUUUUCAGUAACAUUCAGGCAGAGAAAAUUAUUGUUUAGAAUGUGUAGAUGCUGGAUACAUUAUUCAUUAAUCAUAUUCUUUGUUUUUAUGACUGUUGCUGUCAAAGCAGUACAGUAAAGUCUCAGUGUAAGUGCAGCACUCCAAACUUACAAACCAUCAUAAGAUUUGAGGUU